AUGACCAAUGAUAGCAUGUCAUCUCUGCCCCCUUUGGAUGAUGGAGAAGAAUAUUAUACAUACAAUGAAACUGAAUUCCCAUAUGAGCUCAUCCUCCUCUGUCCUUCAGAAUGCAAAGUUAUCAGCAGCUUUGCUUUCCUUGUCUCUACCUUUGGACUUGUGGGGAAUGGAACUGUCAUCUGGCUUCUUGGUUUCCGCAUGAAGAGGAAUCCUUUCACAACAUUCAUCCUGAAUUUGGCUGUUGCUGACCUUGGGGUCCUCAUCUGCAUAGUUGUUCAGGGAAUUGUUUAUAUUAUAUAUUUCUUUUUAAACAGAAAUAUGGUUAUAAAUAUGUAUUCUUUGUUGGCAUGGAUGUUACUUUCAAAUCUUUUCUUCCUUAUGUACUUUACUGGCCAAUUUCUAUUGACAGCCAUCAGCAUUGACAGGUGCGUGUCUGUCCUCUUCCCAAUUUGGCAUAGAUGCCACCGCCCAACCUACCUGUCUACUACUGUUUGUGCCAUUCUAUGGGUCACCUCCUGCCUGCUCUAUCUACUUUCCUACGUUGUCUUUCUAACUCCUCUAUUGGAAAAAAUAUUGAUAAUGCUUACUGUCAUUCCCUUCCUUUGCCUCCCACUCAUGAUUAUCUCUUCUCUGAUCCUCUUCAUCAAAGUCUGCUUCAAGUCACCAAAACAUAAACAGGGAAAAACCUUAAGAGCCAUUUUCCUUAUUGUUCUCUUCUUCCUCAUGUUUGCCUUUCCAUUGACUGCUACUUCUUUCAUCUACAUGUUUAUAAUUCCUAAUUUCCAGUAUCACAUUAUCACUCAGUACUCUUUCCUGGGUGCAUCUCUAAACAGCAGUGUUAACCCCUUCAUUUAUUUUCUGCUUGGGAGACAAAAGGCAGGCCAAAAAAGGGAAAAGAUGAAAAAUAUCCUUCAAAGGCUUUUCAAGGAGGAAGAAGGUUAUGGAGCAGACACAGACUCCACAGUUUGA